UUUUACGCUUUGCUCGGCUCAUUUGUUCACGUUGUGCAUCUGCUGCCUCUGAUCCCUCAUCGGCCGCUUCUCUCAGGAAGCGCGCAUCUUAAGCCUCCGGUUCUUAAACAAUGCCGGGCGUAACUGCGCCCUGAUCCGGUCGAUCUGAGGCACUGCAUCAACAAAGAGCAGCGCACUCGGGCCGGAAAUAUCGUGUGGAGAAGUUCCUGUCUGCUAAUCUACUUGUUGAGGAGACGAGGACGCAGCGACCAGGAGCGGCGGCAUGUCGGCUGGAAGGGCGGCGGGCGUCCUGUGCGCCUCCGUCGCUGCAGCGGGAGGAGUCGCGUACCUGAUCUGGAACCUGGCGUCGCCGAGGGAGGAGAAGGAGCCGAGGGAGGGCGAGGGCGGGGGGAGGGGAGAGGAGGAGGAGGAGGAGGAGGAGGAGGCCAGAGCUGCGCCGGACGCCGUGGUCGCUGCUGAAGCCCGGCACGUGAACGCACCUCUCGGAGCAGCGCUCGUCACAAAUCAGACCAAUCAACAGUCCAGGCCCGACCCGUCCGGGGCGUCACAGGUGCUGGUUCUGGGUCUGGAUGGCGCCGGUAAAAGCAGUCUGCUGCACUGUUUUGCCACCGGUGGUUUGGACCUGGACACGGAGCCGACGCAGGGCUUCAACGCCGUCUCCAUCAGCAGGAAGGAGCUGCACAUGGAGUUUCUGGAGAUUGGAGGCAGCGAGGACCUGCGGCCGUUCUGGCAGAGGUACGUGACGAAGGCGCUGCUGCUGGUGUUCGUGGUCGACUCCUCCGACCCGCGGCUCUUCCCAGUGGCUAAAAAGCAUCUGCACGAGCUGCUGACCUCUGACCCCCACCUGCCUCUGAUGGUACUGGCCAACAAGCAGGAUCUUCCAGGUUCCUGCAGCAUCACUGAUCUCCAUGACGCUCUCGCCCUGUCCGAGGUCGGAGACCGCAGAUUGUUCCUCAUCGGCACCCACGCGACGAAGGGCGAAGCAGAGCUGAGCUCAGGCGUCCAGGAUGCUCAGGACCUGAUCUCCCAGAUGGUCUGUGAACACAGAUGAAACGCGACGCACCGGUUCCUCUCUCAGAUUUAACAGGUCUUUGCUGCUGCGCUAUUUGCUUAAAACCUUUUAUUUUAAUAAGUGUCACUUGAACUGUUCAUGGUUAGAUUCCUACUUAUUGGGGAGUUAUUGUUAUUUUAAAUCAACACAGAUGUUCACUUUUAACGCGUUGGCCUGUUUUGGCCACGUGGGGGCGCCAAUGUGCAAGGACUGUAACUGAUGGAGCAGCCUGUUUCUAGAGGAGCUGUUCCUACAGCUACACUGGUCAGUUAUGUUAAUCAUUACUUUAUUCUCCAUGAGUCGCGUUACCAAAGCAUAGUUUUCUCUCACUCUGGGACAUUUUACCUGCACCUGUGAACCAGUGACUUCCUGAAGUGGUUUAAAAACCUGACCAUUGUCAGCUUUAAGGUGCAGCAGGAUUUGACUCAUCAAAACAUUGUUCCCCCCGAGUCACGACACACUCACACCGAGUUGUUUAUUCUCUCAUUUGUUGAGCCUGUUUUCAUUUUAGGCUUGAAAUACAGCAACGCUCGUCGUUGACACGUUGCCGUGUGACCAAAGUGCUCGUUGUCCUCCAUUAUUAGCAAUUUGAAUAUACGAGGCUUUUACCAGUAUAAGUCAUCUCUCGCUGGCGUUGGUUUGUGGUUACAGAUUUAAAUUCUGAGGUUGAACAACACUGUUGCUUUGAUAUGCAGCUUUCUGAGGAUUGUAAAAUGUUUUUAAAAAAGGUUUUCAAAUUUUUCCAGAAAUGUUGGACAUGGCCUUAAACUUUCAGGUUUUUUACACUUAAAUAAACAGUUAGUAGUAAAACCAC